AGAAUCACAGGGAAGGCAUUCUCAAUCUAGAAGGUACAACUCCAAGAAGCAGGAACUGUAGGCAAUCCACAGUCCCCCUAUCAGCUAUAGCAGAGAUCUAUACGAAAAUUGAUUUGACAUCAGUCUUCGAAUCUCAAUAAUGAGACCUCUUCAUCCUUCAAGCAGGCCCUCCUCCAACAGGAUGAGAUUCACUCUUUUCCAUCUGAUCUGCGCUGCCGUCUUCUUCUCUCUUUUCGUUUUCGGCAUUCAGUCUUCUCUCUUCGCCGGCAGCAGGAGGAUUUCGAAUAACAUCAACAUUCAGAUUUUAUCGGAUUUCCAGUCCAGUGUUCAGCAAUGCAUGGCAAACAGAGGGUUUGGAAUUACUGCACAUAUUAUUGACCACUGCAAAUUGAUUCUCAAGUUCCCUGAAGGCACUAACAGUACCUGGUUCAAUACACAAUUUAAAAAAUUUGAAGCCUUGGAAUACAGUUAUGAUGUUUGUGAGACAAUUUUGCUUUGGGAGCAGUAUCGUAACAUCACUACAGUUUUGACAAGAGAAUACCUAGAUGUUCGGCCAGAUGGAUGGUUGAACUAUGCUGCAAAAAGGAUAGCUCAAUUGGGAGCUAAAGAUUGCUCAAAUCGGACUCUUUGUGAGGAGCAUCUUAAUUUAUUAUUACCAGCAAAACCCCCUUUUCACCCUCGCCAGUUUCAAACAUGUGCGGUUGUUGGAAAUUCAGGAGAUCUUUUAAAGACAGAAUUUGGAGAAGAGAUUGAUAGCCAUGAUGUGGUUAUACGUGAGAAUGAGGCUCCUGUUAAUAAGAAAUACGCCAAGUAUGUUGGACUGAAGAGGGAUUUCCGACUUGUAGUAAGGGGUGCUGCCCGUAACAUGGUUACCAUUCUCAAUGGAUCUGAUGAUGAGGUACUCAUCAUCAAAAGUGUGACCCAUAGAGAUUUCAAUGCAAUGAUAAAGAGUAUUCAAAAUCCAGUUUAUCUUUUCCAAGGUAUUGUGCUUCGCAGAGGUGCCAAAGGAACUGGAAUGAAAUCUAUAGAACUAGCACUUUCCAUGUGUGACAUUGUUGACAUAUAUGGUUUCACCGUUGAUCCUGGGUACACAGAAUGGACCCGAUACUUCUCUACACCAAGGAAAGGACACAAUCCACUUCAAGGAAGGGCAUAUUACCAGCUCCUAGAGUGCCUUGGGGUUAUUAGGAUUCAUUCUCCCAUGAGAGCUGAGAGGAAGCAAGAUUGGUCAGAUGUUCCAAGUCGAGAAAUGAUAAGCAGAGCACAUGCUGCGGCCUUGCACUUACGAAAGGGUCAAGCUGAUCAGGCUGGAGAUUUGGGACAAUUUGGUAACUGUAAAGUGUGGGGCAAUGGAGGCCCUGAGAAUAGUGGGCCCAUUUCAGGAUCUCCAGACAUGAGUGAUCUUAGAAGAAAUUCAAACUACAGUAAAUGGGAGGCAAUGCCGUUUGAGAGUUUAAGAAGGGAAGCGAGGGAUCACUAUUUUCAAAUGGAAGGUGUUUCUAUGUACAAAAUGGAUGGCAACAAAUUGGAUGACUUGGUAUGCGUGAGGCAUUCCUUCUUAAAAUCCAAGGAAUGAACAAAGUUGUAGGCUGACACCCUUUUGUACUCCUAUAUUUUGCUGGAUGAGAGUCGGCCAAACUGAGUAUCUUCAUUUUCUCGAAGAACUUCAGCAAAAUUUUUGGACGAGGAUUCAUGUGCCACUACUCCUUUGUCCCAAUUUCAAGCAGAUGUCCGGUGCUUCAUAUCCAGAAAAUGUCAAAGGCAUCAUAGGAACUCAACCCUUUCACAUAUAGAGGAGAGGAAAUUUUUUGUAGUAUGUGUAACCUUAUGGAAAAGUCUGUGGAUAUUGAAAGGUCAUAUUUACAAAAAUCCAAAAAAAAAAAUGAUGGUUCUUGUGCUAUUUUUGUUGAA